AAAUGGUCAGAGGCAAAGAAAAACGAAAAAAGAGGAAAGUGAAAGAGGAAUCAAAAAUCCCGUCACUGAAAAACCCUUCGUUCGUCGGAACCAAAAAAAUCGGAAAAUGGCGGCGGCUGCAUCUAAAGAACGUGAGAACUUCGUCUACCUCGCUAAACUUGCUGAACAAGCUGAACGAUAUGAUGAGAUGGUUGAUGCAAUGAAGAAGGUCGCAAAUAUGGACGUUGAAUUGACUGUGGAGGAGAGGAAUUUGCUUUCUGUUGGGUAUAAGAAUGUCGUAGGUGCGAGGAGAGCAUCAUGGAGGAUCUUAUCCUCUAUUGAGCAGAAGGAGGAGUCGAGAGGAAAUGAGCAUAAUGCAAAACGGAUCAAGGAGUACCGUCAUAAGGUUGAAACAGAGCUUACCAACAUUUGCAAUGAUAUCAUGACUGUGAUUGAUGAGCAUCUUAUUCCCUCGUGUCCUGCUGGCGAAUCGUCUGUAUUUUACUAUAAGAUGAAAGGGGAUUAUUAUCGCUAUCUUGCAGAGUUCAAAAGCAGUGAUGAUAAGAAAGAAGUUUCUGAUCUUUCAUUGAAGGCAUAUCAGUCAGCUACAACUACCGCUGAGGCUGAAUUACCACCUACCCACCCCAUUAGGUUGGGUUUGGCUUUGAAUUUCUCUGUUUUCUACUAUGAGAUCCUGAACUCUCCUGAAAGGGCAUGCCACCUUGCAAAGCAGGCUUUUGAUGAAGCAAUAUCAGAGUUGGAUACCCUGAAUGAGGAGUCCUACAAAGAUAGCACCUUGAUUAUGCAGCUUCUGAGGGACAAUCUCACCUUGUGGACUUCUGAUAUUCCAGAGGAUCCAGAAGAUGCCCAAAAGGGAGAUGCUACCACAAGCAAAACUGGACCUGAGGGCGCCGAGUGAGGGGCCAAACAAUUAGAAUCUAUCAUCUGUAUUUGUACAAGGGAGGAGGAUGAAACACUGAGGGUGCUUGUUCUUUAGGGUCCUAUAAUAUAUGCUUAUUUUAUAGUCCUGUUGUGUCAUAGUUUGUUCGAUUAUCAGUUGGAUGUGCGUGUAUUGUUCGAUUUUGCAUCCCAGUGCUAUUUCCCUCCCUAACACAGUGAGUUGUUGUUCAGUCCUGUUUUAGUUGAUUGGUCUGUUCUACAGAGGUAGCUUUUAGUUUUCACAUGACUGCUGCAGCCAAAUGGGAGGAUAUCAGUUUGUUCGUCCUCUCAACCUUUAUGAUCUAAAUUUUACCAAAUUUUAAUA